ACCAACCCCACUCACUUCAUCAAAAUUCCCUCCUCAUUAUACUUACCUACUUUCUUCCUUUCUUCAUUUCUCCUCCCAAAAACAGGAUGAUGAAGCCCAAAUUCCUUUCACAUUCUCUCAUCUCUCUGCUCAGCUUUCCCGUUUUCUGUUUUCUCGAUUUCCUUGACGCUCUCCUCUGUGUAGCAUACCGAUUCAUCGAUUCCUUCCUCGAAGAAACUUCCUCUUCCCCAUGCUACUGCUGCUCACCUGGUGAAGUACAGAGCUCCCUGAAAAUGGCGGUGGACGGUGAAAGCGAACUGUCUGUCACACUCUACCGGAGGAAGAACGUGUUCCGGCGAAUGGCUGUGCUCGCGAACGGGGCGGCUGGAGGUCGGAGCCGCGAAUGUGAUGGGAGCGGAGAAGGAAGAGGGAACAGGUGGUCUGACUGUGGAUGCGAGCCUUGCAUUGCUUGGAUGAAGAAAGGAGAGAGUGGCGGAAUCGCUGAUUUGAGGCUCCAUUUAGUGGUCCGAGAACCAUCUGCAUCUGCAGGUAAGUUGGAGGAUCCCAAUGGUAACACUACAGAAAACAUAAUAUUUUUGCACGGCUUCAUGGGAUCGUCAUCGUUUUGGACACAAACUGUAUUUCCCUAUCUGUCUGAAAAUGCAAUGCAAAAGUACAGAUUGUUUGCAGUGGACCUACUGGGAUUCGGACAAAGCCCAAAGCCAAGGGAUUGUUUUUAUACCAUGAAGGACCAUUUAGAAAUGAUCGAAAAAACAGUUAUAAUUCCAUUUGAGUUGAAAUCGUUUCACCUGGUUGCUCACUCCAUGGGAUGUGUGAUAGCUCUAGCACUAGGAGCAAAGCAUGCACAGUCUGUGAAAUCAAUCACAUUGAUAGCGCCUCCUUACUUCCCUGCUGAUGCGGGGAAGGAUGCUAGUUUAUCAACCUUAGAGAAAGUUGCAGCAAGACGAAUAUGGCCACCAGUGUUAUUUGGUUCAGCAUUCAUGUCAUGGUAUGAGCAUCUCGGUCGGUGUGUGUGCUUUAUUAUUUGCCGGAACCACAGAACCUGGGAGUGGAUUUUGAGAAAAAUAACCGGAAGAGAUCUGCAUUUCACAUUGGUGGACAUGACACGGCAUACUCACCAUUCGGCCUGGCAUACCAUGCAUAAUGUGAUUUGUGGUGGAGGAAAAAUGAUGGACAAGUACUUGGAAGCUUUAACAAGCUGUGGGGUGAAAAUGAAAAUUAUUCAUGGGUCUGAGGACCAAGUAGUGCCAUUGGAAUGCAGUGAGAAGAUGAAGAUGAAAGCUGGAGAUGCCAAAGUGAAAUUUAUUGCAGGUGCAGAUCAUUCUUCUGUGAUUAUGGGCAGAGAAAGGGAUAUCAGUAGGGAUUUACAGCAAUUUUGGGCAUCAAUUACUAAAUAAUUCACAUGUGGAAUAUUCUUUUAUCCCCCCCCCCCCUUCCAAUUUAGUGCUUCACCGCCCCUAGACAUGUUACUUCUGCUGAUGAACCAAUAACAAGCCCAAAGCAAAUUAUUCUUUCGCCUUUUACUACUAUACAAUACCUGUACACAAUGCAAAUAAGAUACUCCAAAAGUUUUUGAAAGCGGGGCACCGCAUGUAUGGGAAUGGGUCCGGUCAAGUCAGGUGCAUCUAUGAUAUAUUUUGUCUAGAUUAUUCAAUGUCGGUUUCGAACGAUGGACAUCUAUGAAUUAUAUGUCUAGUUUUGAACUUAUUAAGACCAUUCUAAAUAAUAGUAUUCGACUUUAUGAAAGAAACACAUAAUUCAGAUUAGGAAUGGAUCAUCCUUGCACCGGAUUUUGCAUUAGAAAUAUUUUUAUUUUUCAUACUAUAAAAUGGUCCUAAUUUUAGUUUUGAACUAGGAUCAUGUUGAAGGCUACACCAUUGUGCUACAAAAUUUAUUUGUAUCUAGCUUGUCUGAAAUGUAAUACUACCGUGCAUAAUUGAAUAUGCAUAAUUCAAGUACUAAUGCUUGUACAUUUCAUCCUUCA